UCCCCUAAAAUUCGAAUUCCCCUCCCGACGCCAUUUCCACUAUCCACCAAAAUCACGAGAGGACUUUAUCCAUUUUUGCGCCGAAAUGCUGUUUGUUGUUUGCGAUUAUUGUACCCAUUUCAUCUUCUUCAAUCUUCCAUCUGUUUUUCUGUUCUAAUUUCCACCCAAAUGCAAAUUUCUCUCGGUUCGUUUCGUCUUCCAUGAAUUUCCCUUCGUUUUCUGUUGAAUUCCCCCCCAAUCGAGGCAUUUUAACCUUUCCCCUGUUUGUAUUCUCUGUAUUUUUUAGGAACCAUUUAGUUUUUCGUUUUGCCUCAUGGAACAAAGAGUUGUUGUAUUGAGCCCUAAUGCGAUUACUACGCAUUUCGCGCCGUUGUUUGUUAAUAGGCGAUGCCGAGAAGAAGCUUGGAGAUGAAUUUGGUGAUUUUUCUUUACUUUUUUAGGGUCUUUUAAAAGGUGCUCUGUACUUUCUAGGAUCUAUUGCCAAUCUCAGGAUUCUUUUCUUUGAUGAUCUUUUGUGAUUAGGGAUCAAUCUCUCGGACUUUUUCUAAACGUAAUUGCAGAGUUAAGUUUGUGGGUUGCAACAGCAUUUGUGCUUGGAUUAAUCUUUGCUGGACAUGUCGUUGAAGUUGCACCAUAUUGAUCUAAAGGGUGGUUCAGGUACCCAGAAAAGGCUGAAUGAUAUCUCAGCUCAGUCCACAAAUAAGUACUGUGCAGAUUGUGGAUCUCCAGACCCAAAAUGGGUAUCGUUGAGUUUUGGGGCAUUUAUUUGCAUCAAGUGCUCUGGAGUACACCGGAGCCUUGGAGUGCACAUAUCCAAGGUUCUUUCAGUGAAGUUAGAUGAUUGGACUGAUGAACAAGUUGAGGCUUUGAUGAGUGCUGGUGGAAAUACUGCUGUAAACAAGAAGUAUGAAGUUUACAUCCCAAAAGGCAACAGAAAACCUAAGCCAGAUUCCUCCAUAGAGGAUCGUCUAGAUUUUAUAAGGAAAAAAUAUCAGCUGCUGCAAUUUGCAAGCUUUGAUGACCAGUUUUUCUGUGCUUUUCCACCCCCGGAGAAGAGAACUUCUAAGGACAAUGGAAACCAAGAAAAGCGAAAUUAUGAUAAACAACCAACAAAAAGUCGAAUUGGAAAUGCAUUCCGGAAUAGCUGGGGAAGAAAAGAUUCUGAACGUAGGAGCUGCAAGAAGGGAAAUUCAUUGGUGUUAAGCAAUUCAAUGGCAGGUAUGGUUGAAUUCGUUGGUUUAGUUAAGGUGAACGUGGUUAGAGGAACCAAUUUAGCUGUGAGGGACGUCAUCACGAGCGAUCCGUAUGUAAUUCUCUCGUUGGGGAAUCAAUCAGUGAAGACUCGUGUUAUAAAGAGCAGUUUGAACCCAGUCUGGAAUGAAAGCCUAAUGUUGUCUAUUCCAGAUUUCGUUCCUCCAUUAAGGGUGCUUGUAUAUGACAAAGAUACGUUUUCAACCGAUGAUUUCAUGGGUGAAGCAGAAAUUGAUAUCCAUCCGCUGCUCUCCGCAGCCCAAGCUUGUGAGAAGUCCACAGCCUGUGAACCCAUGCAGCUAGCAAAUUGGGUUGCAGGCAAGGAGAACACUCUUGCAAAGGAUGGCAUCAUCAGUCUUGUGGAUGGGAAGCCACGACAAGACGUCUCCUUGAAGCUGCAGAACGUCGAGAGGGGCGUGCUGGAUAUGGAGCUUGAAUGUGUUCCCCUUUCUCAGUAGCUGUUCAUUCUUCCAUCAUCCUAAACUCUUCUUCCAUCAUCCUAAACUCCUAUCGAAUCUGACAUUGACCAAUCUGAACAUAACUCAACUCGUGAAGACAUAUAUUCUCAAUCAAAUCGUCAGAACUUUGAUUCUUCCAUCUCGCUCAUUUUGAACACGAAAAAGUAUUAGGAAACCAUAGAUAGAGCUCGUUUUGGAGAUCACGGCAAAUCAAUGUACAAACGAACGCCCUGUGUUGAAGAACUAUUGUCUCUGCUACAAAAUCCUUAGAGCAUGUAUUCAUUAACAUUAACCCCUCGUAAUGUUUCUGUAAAGUGUAUACUAUGUGGUGUUGAGGAACAUUCUACAGUUUGUUAAUAUGAUGGAAAGGAGCAAGAACUUGGCCUUUUCUUGUA